AUGAAGUGCGUCCAAUUCUCACUGCUGGUGAUUGGCCUGCUGGCGGCUCCAACUGCCUGGGCUCGAGUUCCCUACCCGGAGGUGGAGCUUCCUCCGCUUGUCCAGGAGGACGGGAUCUUCGAACGGGUGGCUGUGGCGCCUCCCCAGCCCGUGGGUCGUGCAGGAGCCUGCAGUGUGACCAUUCGCGGAGGCCUGCCCAGCCCGCAGCCCAUCUACCUGAAAACCGACUCCGAGGACUUCUACCCCUUCUCCGACGUCGGAGUGAUGGAGUUCGAGUCCGGCGGCUCCCUCGAGCUGUGGUGUCCCUCCGGGUUCAACACUCACUCCCAGAAUCUGCUCACCGCCAGCUGUGUGAGUGGAACCACCUUCAGCGUAGACGGGUCCCACUUCGAGUUCAAGGACCUGUACUGCAAGUCCUGGCCGGGAUUCAAGGCCGUCAAGUCGGGGGCCACCUGCAACGGCGGCAUUGUAAUCCGCGUGGGCUUCGAGAUCACCUCCUCUAGGUUCGCCGAGCAGAUGCAGAUUUGCUUCAACGAGGAGGAGGAGGUCACCCGUUACACUCGCCACAAGCUGGAGCCCGGCAGCAACUACUACGAGACCGGAGUGGCCAGGAUAACCUUCCAGACGGCCGGCUUCUUCGAUGGCAAGAACGUGGAGAAGCUGUACACCCAGGCCACCCAGCUGGAGACGAUCAACAAUGACCUGGGCGGCGAUGCGGCCCAGUACUUCGACAGUGCCACCAACGUCUACCUGGCCCGUGGUCACCUGGGCGCCAAGGCUGACUUCGACUACGCUCCCGAGCAGAGGGCCACCUUCCUGUUCAUCAACGCCGCUCCCCAGUGGCAGACCUUCAACGCCGGAAACUGGGCGCGCGUGGAGGAUGGUCUGAGGGCCUGGGUGUCCAAGAACAAGCUCAACGUGAACUGCUAUACUGGAGUCUACGGAGUGACGACUCUGCCCAACAAGCAGGGCGUGGAGACCCCUCUGUAUCUGGCCAAGGAUGGCAACAACAACGGCCUGAUCCCGGUGCCCAUGCUGUACUUCCGAGUGGUCAUCGACCCAUCCUCCCACAAGGGUAUAGUCUUCGUGGGCGUCAACAACCCCCACCUCACCGAGGAGCAGAUCAAGCGCGACUACGUCAUCUGCACGGACGUCAGCGACCAGGUGACCUACAUCAACUGGAAGACCACGGACAUCAAGGCCGGUUGGUCCUACGCCUGCGAAGUCGCCGAUUUCCUAAAGACCGUUAAGCACCUGCCGGCCUUGACCGCCAAGGGAGGUCUCCUCGUUUAAUGAUGAUCAAUAAAAUCCACAACUUUUCAGAAUUUUA